AUGAAGGUCACAUACGCCCUCGCAGCAUCUUUAGCUAGUUUAGCUUCAGCACAAGUAUACAGCGGGCCGCUCUAUGUUUACGGAGACAGCACCACGACUGAGGUCAACGACCUUCAGGUCUUCUCGAAUGGAGAAACAAUCUAUCUUGGUGACUACAGGGCUCUGAAUGAUCCCGAAUAUGCGCCUGUCACCUAUUCGUUGGACUUGUCCAACAAUGUUGGCACUGCCAAAAUCUACCUCAACCCAAACACCACCGGCCUUUCCCAGAAGCCGACUUGGUCGAACCGCAUUCUAGCUGAGCCCAAUUACACUGGGGCCAGCGGGCUUAGAGUAGUCGCGCUUGACCCGAACGCGGGAAAUCUUGCCGAAUAUCGAACUAAGUGGCUGGCUUAUCACAGCGCUAUCUUCUCCGCUGCUGACAAUGGUGAUGCUUCCUUCUCCGGGAGGGAGUAUGCCGAGAGGUCGGCCGUACCGGGAGUUUGGGACGUCUAUGCUUACUGGAUUGGCUCGGCUGAUAACCACCACUUCAACUUCAGGACCAACCAAAUUGCCUGA